AUGCACGGGGGCUGGCGCUCAGACUCCUUCCUGCCUUAGCAGCUACCCCCAUCAGCCAGAGCUGACGCGAGUCUUGUUGCACAUCAUACACCCAGCCCGAGUGGAUCUGCAUCAAACACUGUGAUUUACCCGCUUUGAACUCGAAUGAUAGGACGCCGCUGAUUACGGAUCUAGGAAAGAACAUUAACUGCAGAUUUUGUUUUUUUUUAAACAACAGCUUCACCUUCAAAGGGACAAUGGGGAAACAGAACAGCAAACUUGCCCCUGAGGUCAUGGAAGAUCUGGUGAAGAACACAGAAUUUAAUGAACACGAACUCAAACAAUGGUACAAAGGAUUUCUUAAAGACUGUCCUAGUGGCAGACUGAACCUGGAUGAAUUCCAGCAACUGUAUGUAAAGUUUUUCCCAUAUGGAGAUGCAUCCAAGUUUGCUCAACAUGCCUUCAGAACCUUUGAUAAAAACGGUGAUGGGACGAUCGACUUCAGAGAGUUUAUUUGCGCUCUCUCUAUCACUUCAAGAGGCAGCUUUGAACAGAAGCUAAAUUGGGCUUUCAACAUGUAUGACUUAGAUGGUGAUGGUAAAAUUACAAGAGUUGAAAUGUUGGAGAUCAUAGAGGCUAUAUAUAAAAUGGUGGGAACUGUCAUAAUGAUGAAAAUGAAUGAAGACGGUUUGACGCCAGAACAACGUGUUGACAAGAUUUUCAGUAAGAUGGAUAAGAACAAUGAUGACCAGAUUACAUUGGAUGAAUUCAAAGAAGCAGCAAAGAGUGAUCCUUCAAUUGUGUUACUCCUGCAAUGUGACAUUCAGAAAUGAGCCGUCAGUAAUGCAUAUAAUGGACUGCACAAAAUUCAGAUGUUUCAUUCAGUUUGCAGCUACAUCCACACACACAGACACACAAAAACACACACACACACACACAAAAACAAAGUGCUUGGACUAUCUUUAAAUGGACUUGCUUCUUGUGUUGAAACACUUGUGUGCAUGAGAAUGUCAUAUGCAAAAAAAGGUUUAAAUUAAUAUGAAAACUGCCAAAAGUGAAGUGUGCGCAAUUUCAUUACCAUCUUAAAUUCAUUCUUUGGAGGCCUGUUUAUCAGUAUCGUGUUGCAUUAAAAUAAGCUAUUAUUGUUCAUGUUCCACUGGGGCUUGCAAUGUGUUUCACUUAUUGGGAAUGAAACUAAAAUCCCAUGUCAAAGAACCUGUUUAUAAUAAACUAUUUCUUUUCCUCUAAUCAUUGUAUCAGAUCUGAAACAUUAAUUCUUGGCAAUAUUGGUGAUGGAAUAUAUGAUCAGAGAACAGUUAGCAUUACAAACUAACUUGCUUCACAAAAAUGAAUGCUAUUAGUGUCCAGUGAAGUUUUUCCCUCAGUUCUUUGAAUCUUGAAAUGUCAUUGAGAAAAGACUAAAUACCUCUGAAAACUGCAGCAAUAUUUAGCAGAAAAUGGAUUCAGCAUCUAUAAUUAGCGAGUUACUCAAACGUGGCGCUCAACAAAUUCUUCAACAGACAAGACGAUUUUUAGGAACAGGCAAUUAAGGAUAUCCAUUGGUAAGUGUCUCUGGCCUCAGCUUAGCUUUUUCCUGCAAUACCUAAAGUAGCAACUCCACUUUAUAAAUUGUCACCAGCUAUGAAAAAAUGUGAUAGCGAAUUUUUAAACUGUUUUUACAGCUUUUCCACUUGCACCUUAUUGGCAAUUGAGACUUUUAUUCAUAAAAAUACAAUAGACAUUUUAAUUGAUGUCAUUUAAUGAAUGUCAUGUCAGGAGAGAGAAGAAAAAUGUCAAACUGCAUCAGUAGGUUUUAAGUCACAAAACAUACUAUCCUUUUUAAAAGGGGAGAAAUAAAGCCUUGUUUUGUUUACUACUUCAUGAAAUGUGGUAUUUAAGAAAUCUUGCUUUUGAUCUAAUGUCAAUGCUAAAAUAACUGUACCAUAAUUUGUAACUCACUUGAAAACAGUUGGAGUCAUUCUUGAUAAUGCUGUUUCCCAACAUUCUCCCUUGCAUUGCUAAACUGGUUUAACAGGGAAGUAUACUCUACACAGUGUCCCAUACCAUACAAGAAAAUGCACCAGCAUUCAUUUUUAUUUCAGCCACCUGGUCAUGAUGAUUUUUAGCCAUUUAAAUGAUUUUAAUUGUGAAAUAAUGCCACAGUAUGAGAUGUGUUCAAACAAGAGUUUGCAUCAUUGCUGAAGCAAGGCAUGAUGUUUCUAAUAUGACUAUGUCUAUUCCACAUCAGAAAUUCUACCUCAGCGUAUCUGCUGCUGAAACACUCAUUCAAACUUCUGUUACUUACACACUUAACCAUUCCAACGCACACUUAGCUGGCCUCCAAUAUUUUACCAUUGGGAAAGUUGAGCAGUACUUAAGUUACAUGUCUCCUAUUUAAACUGUGUCCUGGGGAGAUAGUUUACCCAUCUUUCCUUUGUACACUGGAGCCCAGUUAAGCAACAUCUCGAUUUUAAAAUUCUAGUCCUGUCAUAUUUCCCAUGUCUUCAACUGUUCCCGCCUCUCAGUUCUCUUCCAGCCGCAAAACCUCCAAAUAAAUUUGUGUUUCAACUGUAGCCUUUUCUGCAUCCCAAUUUCAAUUCCUCUAUCAAGCCCUAAACCCUGGAAGACCUUGCCUAAGACUCUAUAACAUUCUUUGAAAACGUACCUUUUUACCAAUGUUUUUAGCCAUCUUUCCUCAUGUGUUCUUCAAUGGAUCACUGUAACAUUUCUCUGAAGUACUUUGGGAUAUGCUAUUACAUUAACAACACAUUAUAAAUUGGGGGCUGAAGUUCUGCUCUUGUACAACAAUGACAUAAAUGUUUUCUAGGGUUGUUUUAACUGGUCUUUUCAUCUCAUUUUUCUUAAAAAAAAAAAUUUUGUCUUAGUAAUGUCUAUUCAAGGGAAUUUUACCACAAUAUUCAAAAGUCAGAACUGGUCAGAUGGCCAGUUCUUUUAUAAUUUCUCUUGCCCUCACAGGUUAGAGGACAGCAAGCAUUUUCAGAGGAUGUAUUCAUUUUAUGUAAGAUCGUGUAAAUCACCCAGAUUCACUGACCACAUGCAUACUCAAGUAGCUCAACUUAAGUACCUUGGGAAUUUCAAUAAAUGUGUGCAUUUUUGCUGAGUCUUUGGCCAAGCAGGCACCUCUGCAUCUUCAGGAUUACACUUUCAAAGUAGUGUCUGGUUGCAAGGUCAUCAUUGGUGCUCAUACACAAUGGCCAACUGGUACACAGCUAUAAUCCAAUUUGGGUUUCAGUAACUGACUGGGAGUUUUGCAGAUUUGUUUAUUCCUAAACCAAGAUAUAUGGCCUUGAGAAAUGAGAGUCUCGCAAUAUUUUUGAUUCUACUUUGUAUCUACAAGUUAGAGGUAUAUGCAUGAGAUGCAACCAAAAGUAACCUGUAAAGUUGACAUUAAAACUUAGUUUGGUGAGAAGUUUGUAUGAAAAUGCAAAGUACGUUGUAGCAAGGAAUCAUUGGGACAUGCACAACUCAUAUGGUGCUGCUGGUUGUGCUUUCUUCAUAAUCUCUGUUAAGUGUUUCUUUCAGCUGUGUACUUUGUAUUCAACAUGCUUACCACCUGCUGGCAAACUAGUAUGCUGCUGUUCUCUGGAAAUGGUGCCUUUCAGCAUGAAAUUGGAGACCUUUCUUUGUGCAAUUGCACA